UGGGCCCCGCUCGCCGGCUCCCGCAGCAGCUCGCGUCGCUAGCUCGGCCCGGCUGCUUAGCUCCCGCCUCAGGGCGUCCGGCUCCUCGCGAGCAACUUUGCGACAGGCCCUGAGGUUCGAAGGCGUCGCGGAGUCGCGUGCGGCCCACUUGCGGGCGGCAGGAUGGACUCCGGUGCCCCCCCUGCCUGCCCCUCUGGCCCACAGCCUCCACCACCCCUGCAGCCCCAGGCCCGCUCAAGGCUCAAUGCCACUGCCUCAAUGGAACAGGACAAGAGUGAGGCGCCCCGAGCUCCUGGACCAGAUGUGGGAGACACAGCUGCCCCAGCUGUGGCCCGGGCCCCGAGUGCUCGGAGCCGAGAAAGAGCAGAUCAAACAGGGCCCAUGGAGGGAGACGUGGAGGUGCCCUUUGAAGAAGUCCUGGAGAAGGCCAAGGCGGGGGACCCCAAGGCACAGACGGAGGUGGGGAAACGCUACCUGCAGCUCGCCGGCACCGUGGACGAGGAACUGAACAGCUGCACGGCGGUGGGCUGGCUGAUCCUUGCCGCGAAGCAGGGCCGGCGCGAGGCCGUCAAGCUGCUUCGCCGGUGCCUGGCGGACAGGAAAGGCAUCACUUCUGAGAACGAGCAAGAGGUGAAGCAGCUCUCCUCCGAGACGGACCUGGAGCGGGCUGUGCGCAAGGCUGCCCUGGUCAUGUACUGGAAACUCAACCCCAAGAAGAAGAAGCAGGUGGCCAUGUCAGAGCUGCUCGAGAACGUUGGUCAGGUCAAUGAGCACGAUGGAGGGACACAGCCAGGCCCAGUCCCCAAGUCCCUACAGAAGCAGAGGCGUGUACUGGAGCGCUUGGUUAGCAGCGAAUCUAAGAGCUACAUAGCACUGGACGACUUCGUGGAGAUCACCAAGAAGUAUGCCAAGGGCAUCAUUCCCGCCAACCUGUUCCUGCAGGACGAUGAUGACGAUGAGCUGGCGGGCAAGAGCCCUGAGGACCUGCCCCUGCGCCUGAGGGUGGUCAAGUACCCCUUGCAUGCCAUCAUGGAAAUCAAAGAGUACCUAAUCGACGUGGCCUCCCGGGCGGGCAUGCACUGGCUGUCCACCAUCGUCCCCACCCACCACAUCAACGCCCUCCUCUUCUUCUUCAUCAUCAGCAACCUGACCAUCGACUUCUUCGCCUUCUUCGUCCCCCUGGUCGUCUUCUACCUGUCGUUUGUCUCCAUGGUGAUCUGCACCCUCAAGGUCUUCCAAGACAACAGGGCCUGGGAGAGCUUCCGCACCCUCACGGGCCUGCUCCUGCGCUUCGAGCCCAACCUGGACGUGGAGCAGGCUGAGGUGAACUUCGGCUGGAACCACCUGGAGCCCUACCUCCACUUCCUGCUGUCCGUCGUCUUUGUCAUCUUCUCCUUCCCCAUCGCAAGCAAGGACUGCAUCCCCUGCUCUGAGCUGGCCGUCGUGUCCAUCUUCUUCACCGCCACCAGCUACGCGAGCCUGAGCACCUCCGCUGAGCCCUACACCAGGAGGGCCCUGGUCACUGAGGUGGCCGCCGGCCUGCUCUCCCUGCUGCCCACCCUGCCCUUCGACUGGCACCACCUGAAGCUCCUGGGCCAGACCUUCUUCACCGUGCCCGUGGGCCACCUCGUCGUCCUGAACGUCAGCCUGCCCUGCCUGCUCUACGUCUACCUGCUCUACCUCUUCUUCCGCAUGGCGCAGCUGAGGAACUUCAAGGGCACCUACUGCUACCUGGUGCCCUACCUGGUCUGCUUCAUGUGGUGCGAGCUGUCUGUGGUCAUCCUGCUCGAGUCCACCGGCCUCGGGCUGGUCCGCGCCUCCAUGGGCUACUGCCUCUUCCUGUUCGCCCUCCCGAUCCUGGUGGCGGGCCUGGCGCUGAUGGGCGUGGUGCACUUUGCCCGCUGGUUCCUGACCCUGGAGCUCACCAAGAUCGUCGUCACCGUGGUGGUGUGCAGCAUCCCCCUGCUGUUCCGCUGCUGGACCAAGGCCAGCUUCUCGGUGGUGGAGAUGGUCAAGUCCCUGACGCGCAGCUCCGUCGUCAAGCUCAUCCUGGUGUGGCUCACGGCCAUCGUGCUCUUCUGCUGGUUCUACGUGUACCGGUCGGAGGGCAUGAAGGUCUACAACUCCACGCUGACCUGGCAGCAGUACGGCUUCCUGUGCGGGCCCCGGGCCUGGAAGGAGACCAACAUGGCCCGCACGCAGAUCCUGUGCAGCCACCUGGAGGGCCACCGGGUCACGUGGACGGGCCGCUUCAAGUACGUGCGGGUGACGGAGAUCGACAACAGCGCCGAGUCGGCCAUCAACAUGCUGCCGUUCUUCAUCGGCGACUGGAUGCGCUGCCUGUACGGCGAGGCCUACCCGGCCUGCAGCCCCGGCAACGCCUCCACGGCCGAGGAGGAGCUCUGCCGCCUCAAGCGCCUGGCCAAGCACCCCUGCCACAUCAGGAAGUUCGACCGCUACAAGUUCGAGAUCACGGUGGGCAUGCCGUACAGCGGCGCCAACGGCUCCCGCAGCCCCGAGGACGACGACGUCACCAAGGACAUCGUGCUGCGGGCCAGCGGCGAGUUCAAGGACGUGCUGCUCAGCCUGCGCCAGGGCAGCCUCAUCGAGUUCAGCACCGUCCUCGAGGGCCGCCUGGGCAGCAAGUGGCCCGUCUUCGAGCUCAAGGCCAUCAGCUGCCUCAACUGCAUGGCCCGGCUGUCACCGGCCCAGCGGCACGUGAAGAUCGAGCACGACUGGCGCAGCACCGUCCACGGCGCCGUCAAGUUCGCCUUCGACUUCUUCUUCUUCCCGUUCCUGUCGGCGGUGUGAGGCUGCGUGCGCCGUCAGGACCCGCCCCCGUGUGGCCCGCCGGCCAGCCGGCACAGCGCCGACGCC